AAAGUAAACGAUGAACCCUUUAUAAAUACUUGCUCCAACUUCAUUCUUUUUCACAUAACACAACAAUCCAUUUCCAAUAACCCAAUUUUUUUUUCUUCAAUCCGUGUCUUUUUGAAUCAUAACUAGAAUGGCUGGUGAAUUGAUUCUCUUGGAGUUCUGGGCUAGCCCUUUUGCACAGAGGGUGAAAAUUGCCUUGGCUGAGAAAGGCCUAGGCUAUGAGUGCAAAGAAGAGAACUUGUUUAAUAAGAGUCCUCUGCUUCUAGAGAUGAACCCCGUUAAUAAGCAAAUCCCAGUUUUGAUCCAUAAUGGGAAACCGAUAUGCGAGUCCCUCAUCAUUGUUCAAUACAUUGACGAGCUCUGGAACCACAAAUCUCCAUUGUUGCCUAGUGAUCCAUACAAGCGAGCCCAAGCAAGAUUCUGGGCUGACUACGUUGACAAGAAGAUGUAUAGCAAUGGAAGGAGUUUAGUUUUCGGCAAAGGUGAAGUCCAAGAAGCAGGGAAAAAGGAGCUGAUAGAGUGCUACAAAGUGUUGGAAGCGGAGCUUGGAGAGAAGACUUAUUUUGGGGGAGAGACCUUUGGUUUUGUGGAUAUUGCACUUGUACCCUUUUACAAUUGGAUUCACAUCUAUGAGACAUGUGGCAAAUUUAGGUUUGAGGAAGAGUGCCCUAAAAUUGCGGCGUGGGGGAAGAGGUGCUUGGAGAAGGAGAGUGUGUCCAAGGCUCUUCCAGACCAGAUCAAGCUCUAUGAAUUCUUCAUGGAGCUGGCAAAGAAGUUUGGUGCUUAGUAGAAUUCCAGAAGAGUUAAUUACUAGUAUUUGAAAUUCUCUCUUUCCCUUCUUGUAUUAAUAUUUUUCUCUUUUUUGGAUUUAAGUUUGGUCUUUGUGCUUUUUAUUUGUUGGGUGUGUCGUUUUUGUUACACGUACAAUAAAGAAAGUACUUCAUGUUCUGUUGA